UGCUCUACGAAAGGUGUUCAUCUUUUUGCGUCGAUAAAUUGUAAACAAUUUGAUUAAUCCACUCCUAAAAAUCAUCUGAUUGAAAUGACGUGUGCUAAUUGUAGCACUGCAUUUGGGGACGAGAUCCUUAUCUCGCGUGCAAUUCUGUCCACAUGGAACAGUGGAUAUGGAGACGAUUUGACCUCUACACCUUUGGUUAGGUCGGAGUACACCAGUGAUAUGGAAAUCACACAGUCCCAGGAGGAGGAUCAAGAUGACACUUCUUGUAAAAAACACAAGGAAACUCCUGGAUCAAUACCUUCCAUUAAACCAGCAUCUACAUCUCAUCAUAAUGAUCGAAUACCAAUCUUGGAAGCGCUCUCUAUAAUUUUCGAAAUUUCACCCCUGCGUUUGAAGAAAUCAUUACACUUUGAUGCUAAAGAGUUCAAUGAUGUAGUCCAAGUAUUCAAACCCUGUUGGAAUAGUACGGAACAAGCUGUGGCAAAUGAAUCUACUUACAAUGCACCAGAUUUUGCGUUAUGCUCAGAUUGUGGAAGAUCACUAACUGUGCUUUUUACAGCAUUUCGAGAUUUUGUCCACAUGCUCAAGGAAGAUGGUGAAUUGGGGAAAAAGUUGCAAAAUUUAGAGGUUCGAAGGAAAGAGUUAGCCACACUUAUGUCGACUAAAGACGAUGGGAACCAUGUGACUAGCAAACAGCCUAGAAAAAGAGGACGACCCCCCAAAACCAAAACCAAGAUUAACGAGGACAACGACCAGCCAGUGAAAAAUGUCGCUAAUGCAAAGAAACGGAAACGACCAAACCGAGCUUCGAUUAGCCCAUCUCGUUCAGCAUCUGAUAGUGAGUCCGAGAUGAAAAAUAUUAUAGUCAUAAAACCCGAGCCAGGAAAUGCAAUGGAGAUGGAGUUAUCUGAUUAUGUUGAUGAAGAUGAAGAGUUGUUACACUAUAGUUUUCGGGGUGGACGAAGCAGCAGUGAAGAUGAUUCACCCCCAGAUUCACCAAUAAAUAUGGAUCUAGAAAUACGUCCACGAAGCCCCCGCCCAGUUCGCAAGACGUCGGCAAGGAACACAGACUGGGCCAGACUCUAUAAAUCUGAAGAAGAGGAAGACGAAGAUGACAUACUUCCACCAAGAGAUGAUCAACAUGGCGAUAUUGGAGCUGGCAAUGAAACCGAAAUAACUGCAACAGAAGCUGAAGGUGAAGACGGUGACGAGGAAGAAGAACAAGAAGAGGUACGUCAUCCAGAUGAUGUGGAGGCUAUCCUAAGCAAAGUACAAGUCGCGUGGAAAGAGGAGCCACAAGACUUGGAAUUUGAUGAUGACAGUGAUGAAGAUUAUCGUCCUGAUUCAGAUCUAGAAAAUUUGAUUGUUCCAGAUACCCGAUCCACAAAAAGAAAACGAGUUCGCAAAAAGCUGGCAAAACCGGAAGUCUACUCUAUGGACAUUUUCGAGUGCAAAGAGUGUGGACAAGUAUUCGCCCAUCGAAAGAGUUUACAAAUCCACUGUAGGACUCAUUUUAAUGACGGAUUAUAUUCAUGUCCGACUUGUCUCCAAGAUUUCCCUUCAAAUGAGCUCCUGAAACGACAUCGUAGGCAAUUUCAUGGGGAAUAUAUUCCAUAUCAAAUGAAAGGCAGCAACAUUGACUUUGAUUCUCUGAUUGAGAACGCAAAGAAGUAUGAAUGUCCCGUUUGCCAUGAGCUUUUACAUCGAUUUGACCUUCAUACCCAUGUUAGUGAGCAUAAUGUUGAAAAUCCUUGGAAAUGUCCUUCCUGCCCACAAGAGUUCUCAACUUUAGCCGAUUAUACUCGUCACAAAAUUUUACUGCAUACGCAACGAUUAAAGCAUCCUUGUUCCGUGUGCAAUAAAGAAUUUAGAAGUAGUUAUCAUGUACGACGACAUCAAGUUGUCAUACAUAGCGUUAGAUCUGAUAAACUCAUUAUUACGGAUGACUCCUCGUCAGAGGCCGAAAAUCAGGAUACAGACGACAACGACGAUAAUUGCGUAACCAAAACAGACAAAACCUUGAAGAAAGACACUCCCCCAAAACGUCGAAGACACAAGUGCACCGAGUGUGAGAAGAAAUAUUUCAGAUUAGACCAAUUAGUCGAACAUCUCAUUACACAUGGCAUUGGCGAAAAAUUCCAAUGCGAAAUAUGUGGUCGCGAUUUCACCCACAAUAGUAGCAGGAAACGCCAUAUGCUGCUUCAUGCUGACAUCAACCAACACCGAUGUAGAGAAGAUGACUGCGAAAAGGCGUUUUCAAGGAAAGAUCAUUUAGUCCGACAUAUGGAUACUAUUCAUGGAAUAAAAUUGACCUGGAAUGAAAUUGACUCGGUUUAUGAUGUACCAAUAAGAACCCCCAAAGCUAAAGAAAUCCCUUGCCCAUAUUGUCAGAAGAUGGUGAAGCGUGAAAGGAUGAAGCUACAUUUGGUCACACACACUGGAGAGAGGCGACAUGUUUGUAAGCAAUGCGGCCUGAAGUUCGGUUUACGAACAACACUCAGGACUCACAUUCAAUGUGUUCAUCAAGAUCUUCGUCGCUAUGCAUGCAAUUUCUGCGAUAAAGCCUUCAAACGUUCUAACCAUUUAAAAGAUCACUUGAAAAUUCACACGGAAGCUGAAAACAAACCUUUUCAAUGUAAACAGUGCUCAAGAUCAUUCAGGAGAGAAAAAAAUUUGAAAUCUCACAUGGUCAUUCAUUUUGGUGGAAAGGACUUUGUGUGUGAAUUAUGCGGCAAAUCAUUCAACAGAUUGGAUAACAUGAGGGCUCAUGUAAGAUCUGUCCAUGAAGGUAUUCAAAUUAGAAAGAAGAGAGCCUCUUUGAAACCUCAAGGUUCAAGAACAAAGAAUAAGUCCUCACAGGAAUCUGCUGAAAAAACACUGGACGAUAAUAAUGAUGACGAAGAACACAAAUUUUUGCCCUUGGAAAAUAUAGUUAUAGAUGAAGUGGAUUCAACCACCAUUAUUACUGCAAUGACCCAAGAUGGCGAGCAUGCUUCCACGUCAUCCCCCUCAAUUACAGAUUCAAAGAUAAAAGCAACACAACAGGGGCCGUCAUCAUCCAGAGUAAUAGCGCCAAGAAAACCAUAUCCAGGUCGAAAGCGUGGAAAUAAAAAUAAUAAAAAUCCUCCUCCACCAAGUGAAACAGUUGCUUUAUCCACAAUCUUAAACUUGGAAGUUGAACCUGGAACGAUUCAAGUUCCUCCACCAGGAACCAUUGUGACCCUUGCAACAACAAUGGGUAACGUCAUCUCGGCUGAAGGUUUGGGGCUUGAAACCGUGCAAAUAGAAGAGAUUCAUGCGGCUGUUGAGGGGGAUGAUAAUACUGACGCAUUUGAUGGAGGACAAGAAGGACAAAGAACGACCAUUCUGCAAUUAGCACCGGGACAAGUUUUUCCUGCUUCUUCUGGCCAGUACCAAACGACCUAUUAUCAGUACACGUAUUAUCAGCAAGAAUAAAUAAAGCGGGUGAGGACAGACAGACUUUUGCGACGUAAUCCGUCAUAGUAUGUAUCAUAACAAUAAUUCCAUGACUCGAGACACAUGCCAUUAGGUUGUCUCAUGUUGUAAAAAGUUUUAUUUUUUAGUUAAUAUGACUUUUGUUUUACAACUUAAUUAUUUUAUAUAUGACAUAAAAUGUAUGCACAGACGUCAUGCAUGAUUACAACACGGAUUUUGAAAAUCAAUUUACGUGUCAUGUUAUGUCAGUCAAUUAAAUAAAACUAUUUAAUUUUGCAUUCAACCAAA